CAAGAACACGAUCGAGUUCACCAUCGUCCAAUCCCAGUUCCACAUCCCCCGUUUUGAUUCCGACCUGCAUUAAUCCCCUCCCAUUCCCACCGAUGAUGCACAAGACCUCAUCGCUGUCGGAGCUGGGCUUCGACGCCGGAGACGCGUCGUCGGGCUUCUUCCGUGCGGUGGCUGACGGCUGCCCGCUCACGCCCACCUCCUCCUCCGCCCCGCACCGCCGCCUCACCAAGGUCUCCGUCAUCGGCGCGGGCAACGUGGGCAUGGCCAUCGCGCAGACCAUCCUCACCCAGAACCUGGCGGACGAGAUUGCGCUCGUCGACGCCCUCCCCGACAAGCUCCGCGGCGAGGCGCUCGACCUGCAGCACGCCGCCGCAUUCCUCCCGCGCGUCCGCAUCGUCUCCGGCACCGACGCCGCCGUCACCAAGAACUCGGACCUCGUCGUCGUGACGGCCGGCGCCAGGCAGAUCCCCGGGGAGACCAGGCUCAACCUGCUGCAGAGGAACGUGGCGCUGUACAGGAAUAUCGUGCCGCCCGUGGCCGAGCACUCCCCGGACGCGCUGCUGCUCGUCGUGUCCAACCCCGUGGACGUCCUCACCUACGUCGCCUGGAAGCUCUCGGGGUUCCCGGCCAGCCGCGUCAUCGGCUCCGGCACCAACCUUGACUCGUCCAGGUUCAGGUUCCUCGUCGCCGAGCACCUCGACGUCAGCGCGCAGGACGUGCAGGCGUACAUGGUGGGUGAGCACGGCGACAGCUCGGUGGCGAUCUGGUCGAGCAUCAGCGUGGGUGGCAUGCCGGCGCUCAAGUCCCUGCGGGACAGCCACCGGAGCUUCGACGAGGCGGCGCUGGAGGGCAUCCGGCGGGCCGUGGUGGGGGGCGCCUACGAGGUGAUCGGCCUCAAGGGCUACACCUCCUGGGCCAUCGGCUACUCCGUGGCCAGCCUCGCGGCGUCCCUGCUCCGCGACCAGCGCCGGGUGCACCCGGUCUCCGUGCUCGCCGCAGGCUUCCACGGCAUCUCCGACGGCCACGAGGUGUUCCUCAGCCUGCCCGCCCGGCUCGGCCGCGCCGGCGUCCUCGGCGUCGCCGAGAUGGACCUCACCGAGGCCGAGGCCGCGCAGCUCCGCCGCUCCGCCAAGACGCUCUGGGAGAACUGCCAACUCCUUGGCCUGUGAGGAACCUAUUGAUCUACUUAUUGUGAUCCUAAAUUCCUAAGGCAUCUACAAGAUUUCUACUGCUAUAUGUUGCUCUAUUGAUGCUGCCACACGGAUGCUUGUGUAAUAUUGGACUGAUCUUUUAGAGCUGGAGUAGUACUAGUUUGGUGAAAUAAAAUGAGAUUUUGUGCCAA